GCUCACGACACAUAAUUUAGUGUCCUGCGCAUACAUCAUGGACAACCUGGAAAAUGCUCUAUCUCUGAAUGAUUUUAUUGCAUCAAUACCUGUUUCUUCAUUGCCAAGGAUUUUACAGAUUACAUCAGGAGUCUAUUUACAGAGUUCCAUAUAUGAUAUCAGUGGCUCAGAGUGUUGUUUGUCAACUGGGGAUUUGUUGAAAGUUGUCGAUAAAGAGUUACUGUCGGUUUCUGUUGACAAUCUACAAACAGGAAAUAAACAGAAGCUGCAAAAAAACUUCAAAGGUGUGUUUCAGGUCAGUGCGGAUAACAGUGUGUAUGACACUCUUGGUGAGUUACACCAGAAGCUCUCCUGUGAUGAAUACAGCCAUGUAUACUGGUUUACCUCUGAGUCAGAGUUUACUGUGGGAAAGCAUAUCAUCCGGAAGCGACUUCCUAUUCAGCUAUUGUCAGUUGACAGAAACACCAAUUGUGGUGAAUGCUACAUAUUUGAGGGUCCUGAUUCAUAUAACACCAAAAUUCCUUUAUCAACAAAGGGACGAUUUUAUGAGUGUGAAGAUAAUGAGGUGUAUACAGUGGAGCAGAUAAUACAAGACGCAUGUUUAAGUAAACGCAACUUCAAAUGCGCUCAAAUUGGCACCGGAGAAUAUAGGCUUUGUCCUGAGUAUGAAAUCAAGACGGUUAUGCACAUGAGAAAAGGAUUUGUGAAGAUGCCAUCAAGUCUAGAAGUAGAUGUAGUUGAUAUCACUGCCAACUGUGGAAAUAUCACUUUUCUCCAGCCUUUGUCUUUGACGGAUGUUUUUUAUCAACAGAAAUUUCCUAUUGUAGCAGAAAUUCUGGAUGCAGCAGACUUUCAGCAUCUGGUAAAAAAUGAUACCUACUCAGCUCUACAAAAAGGACAGAAAAUUAUAAUUUAUCAAAAGACUGUGUCAAAGAAAGUCCUUGCCACAGGCAUUAAAGGCAAGACCUCUAAAUUCUUUUAUAUCUACGAUUCAUACCAAGGGAAAUUUCGUCAAAGACCAAGAGAGUUUGCUUCCAUUUUCGAGCUUUGGACAAAAGCUGUAGAAGGAACUAAACUUAAAGUUGUAGUGACCCAGGAUUGUGAUAGUGGUGAGGAAAACUUCCCUUCCCUUUGUAUCGGAGAUCAUUUACAGGUUUUAUACAAUACCAAAACUGUCCUAACAACUCCAGGGGGACCACAAGAAACUGAUGUCCUGGUUUGUAAUAAAGGUACAGCAGAAGAUGGUGAUGAUGAUGAUGACGAUAAUGAGAAACCAGAAGAGGUCAUGCUCCCUAUAUAUAUGGAAGGGCGAUUUGUUGAGGAAAUUAAAGAUACUAAAAAAUACAACCUUUCCAAUAUAAUACUGAAACUUAAACUGCCUUGUGAGGUUAAGGUUGUAACAAAAGACACAUGUUUAUCAAAAGAUCCUUUGGCAUCCUUUCCUUCAAUUAGGCUAGAGGAGAUUAUGGAAGAGUCUGCAUUACUUGUCUCUUUGUAUGAUAAAGCUUCAGAGUGCUUUGAGUUGCCAGUUAAAUACUUUAACAUUUCUGUGGUUUUGUUGGAAGAAAAAGUAGCAUCCCCUGCUGGACUGACUAAUUCUACAAAAGUAGAAGAACUUAUGGAGUGCUUCUAUUACAACCUAAGAAAAGACCUGCCAAGCCACCAACUUCCUCCUCCUAGGCCACCAAAAAGAGAAGUAAAAGCUAGGGAAAAAGUUUCAUGCAGCAAGUCGUUGUGGACAAAAAAAACAUUACCUCCAAAACUAAAGAAAUCGGAGACUAUCCAUUCUCAUGGUCUAAGUGGUCAUAAUAGGAUGUCUCAUGAAAGCAAAAAAAUGAGUGAAAUAGACAACGGACAAAAGAACAUGUAUAGCACAACACCCCGAAAAAACACAGUAUCAGUCUCAGGUACUGACUCUGAUGACGAUUAUGAGCAAAUAGAUGACCAAAUUUGUCAUUUAAACUUAUCAUCUAAAGUGAAUUUGUGACAACGAUACUCAACGACGGACUGGCAAUCCCUGGGCCCACCAGAGGAAAUGAAUCUGAGAGCCCUUAUCUAUACAGACCCUGUGCACAUCUACUUUCAAUAACUCAUAAACUUUUUGUUGUUAUUGCCCACACUGUAUGUAUCAUAAAUAAGGUCAAAUUAGUUGGGCUACAUGCACACGUCCGUUUUGAGACCAAUGAUAGUCUAUGGGGUUAUUCACAUGGCAGUUUUUUUGACUGUCAGUGAAAAACGGAUGUAAAAAAAUAGAACAUGCUCUGUCUUGUCCGUUUUUCACUGACAGACUGGCCCCAUACAAUUGAAUUGGUCCAUUUUUAACGUCUGUUUCUCAAAAAGGCAUCAGUGAAAAAAACGUCAGUUAAAAAUGUCAGUUUUUAACGGACUUUUUUUUCACUGUCAUGUGCAUGUAGCCUAAUUUAUUGUUAAAUAUUCACGAAAUAUAUUCGAAUAUUUGGUUUUUCAAUAUUAAAGGGGAUUUUCAGCUAAAAUGAAUGGUGACAGUGGGGUCAGAAUGUCUUAAAAAUAUAAAAGAACCAAUACACACCUCUACCAAUCUCCUAUCGAUUUGCUCCAAUGCAGCCUGGGAUUGCUGCUCUUUACUUCUGGCUUAUGUCUCGACAUGCCGGAAAGCCUAUUAAUGUGAUCCACCUCUGCCCGUAGAUAGGACUCAGAAGUAGAAAGUAACGGGUACCCAGGCAGCAUUGGAAAGGCAGCAGUGAGAGAUCUUUGGAGGUAUUGGUUCUUUCAUGUUUUAAGACAUUCUAGUGUAGCUGCAACCAACUUUUUCAGCUGAAAAAUUCCUUUAAAUAAUGCAUACUUUUUUGCAUUGACCUGACAUUAAAGGGUUUCUGUCACCCCAAUUUUUGCUAUUAAACAGGCU